AAAUCUAAUCAACUGACCUGCAGAUUCCAACAAUAAAAGGCCCUUUUAUUUUGGGCGGGCUCUAUACUGUAGCCUUUUGUGCUGAGUGAACCCUCCCAGUAGGAGUGGAUAGUUGAGUCUGUGUGUUGUGCGUUAUGUGUACAGCCUUGUGUUUGCUUCCCACCAGAUGCUAAAGUAUAUUGGCCACUUUAGUCUCAGUGCGUAUAUCAUCUCACGUCAGGCUGCAUUACCUGAUUACCUCAGUCCCCAGUCAGAUUGUACCUAGAUAAGUCUCUGAUAUUAUGACUUCCCCACGUUGAAACUGGGAGCUCUGCUUUAAUUCUCUCUUUUAGUGGCAGCCCUAUUUAGGAGAGAUUAAAGAGAGUUUAGAGCCUUCUCUCUCUCUCUCUCUCUCUCUCGUGUUAAAGUUAACUGCUAAAACUGACACGGGGACUCCGCUCGUUUCCAUGGAGGUCGGGUUUAAACUUGAUUUGAUGACUUUAAAAAAUUGUUGCCAGUAAAUUUGCACCAUUCUUGGUGAGUCUGAUCCUACCGAGCAAUAACAGACAGAGACCGAGCGGGAGUUUCAGGGACCAGCUGCCUCCGCGGUAUGCAGAAAUCGCCAGAUUUAGUUUGAAACAAUUGUUGGUGAUUGUUUUGACAAGGUCCUACUUUCCAGCAUGCUCAGUGCUCCUGAAUUACCUCAGGAAUUCCAAAGGAUGUCUUCCAAGAGACCGGCCUCUCCAUAUGGGGAAACAGAUGGAGAGGUAGCUAUGGCGACAAACCGACAGAAAGUAGAAGAGGGAGAAAGUGACGGACACUCUGCUUUUCACCCACCUCUUCCACCAAGUUUUUCCAACAACCUUCAUACAGAGGAGCUGCACAUACCGUCCACAUUGACCAGAGAGACUUCAUCUUGUGAGAGUCCAACAUCUCUGCAAGACUCAGUGGAUCACGACGGCAAUAAAGCAGCCUCGCUAUUCUCUACACACAACUCAUCUACCUCACCUCUGAAGACUGAAGAAGGGGCUCGGCAGAGCAGUGAGUCAGGGUCUGGCACAGCGCUGGGCACCCCAGAGAGACGCAAAGGCAGCCUGGCGGACGUAGUGGACACACUGAAGCAGAAGAAAAUGGAGGAGCUCAUCAAGAGCGAACCCGAGGAAACGCCCAGUAUCGAGAAGCUCUUAUCAACAGACUGGAAGGACAAGCUUUUAGCCAUGGGCUCGGGAAAUAUCGGGGAGAUUAAAGGGACACCAGAAAGUCUAGCAGAGAAAGAACGGCAGCUCAUGGCGAUGAUCAAUCAGUUGACAAGCUUGCGUGAACAGUUGCUGGCUGCUCAUGAUGAACAGAAGAAACUAGCAGCCUCACAGAUCGAGAAACAGAGGCAGCAAAUGGAACUAGCCAAGCAGCAACAGGAACAAAUCGCUAGGCAACAGCAGCAGCUACUACAACAACAACACAAGAUCAACCUCCUUCAGCAGCAAAUCCAGCAGGUUCAAGGUCAGUUGCCUCCGUUGAUGAUUCCAGUGUUCCCUCCAGACCAGCGGACAUUGGCAGCUGCAGCAGCCCAGCAAGGAUUCCUCCUGCCUCCUGGAUUCUCCUACAAACCCGGAGGAUGCAAUGAACCCUACCCACUUCAGCUUAUCCCCACAACCAUGGGAGCAGCCGCAACACCAGGACUUGGCCAACUCCAGCUACAGCAGUUGUAUGCAGCCCAACUCGCUGCAAUGCAGGUGUCCCCUGGAGCCAAGUUACACAGCAUGUCACAGGCCAGUCUGAACAACACUCUAUCACCCAACAGCGUCCAGGCAGAGAAAGGCAGAACGACACCUCCACCAAAAAGCAAGGACGAGGUGACACAGCCGCUGAACCUCUCAGCCAAGCCGAAAACGUUCGACCCCACAAAAUCGCCCGCGUCGCCCAACUCUCCCCAGAUUCCCCCCUUGAAAAUGAGCACAGGAUCUAGCCACCUCAAACCGGUCAUGUCCGCCACGUUGAGUGGCCCACCUGGUCGAAUGACCUCAAUAGACAUCCUGUCGUCCAUCACAUCCUCGGGUUAUUUGAAUGACCAUGAUGCCGUGGCUAAGGCAAUUCAAGAGGCCAGGCAAAUGAAGGAGCAGCUUCGAAGGGAACAGCAGGCACUGGACGGGAAGGUUGCAGUCAUCAACAGUCUGGGACUAAAUAACUGCAGGAUGGAAAAGGUACAUGAGAAAACAUCAUUGGAAAAUCUCACCCAGCAUCUGACUGAGAAGCGACCGGAAGAUGGAAAGUUUGGACACGCAAUGGUGGAUUUUAAUGUGGGCGGAGAGGCAGAUGGAAAUGCAGGAGUCUCCGAACCCAGGAUCUACCGAGAAGCUCGUGGUCGGAGCAGCAAUGAGCCCCAUAUCAAGCGGCCUAUGAACGCCUUCAUGGUCUGGGCCAAGGAUGAGAGACGGAAGAUUCUUCAAGCCUUCCCUGACAUGCACAACUCCAACAUCAGCAAGAUUCUGGGCUCUCGCUGGAAGGCCAUGACCAACCUAGAGAAGCAGCCGUACUAUGAGGAGCAAGCCAGGCUCAGCAAGCAGCACCUCGAGAGGUAUCCGGAUUACAAAUACAAGCCCCGGCCGAAACGUACCUGCGUGGUGGAUGGCAAGAAGCUGAGGAUCGGUGAAUACAAAGCAUUGAUGCGCAACAGACGUCAAGAAAUGCGGCAGUUUUUCACCGUGGGGCAGCAGGGUCAGAUCCCCAUCACGACAGCUGGAGUGGUGUAUCCUGGGGCCAUCGCUAUGGCUGGGAUGCCAUCCCCGCGGAUCCCGUCGGAGCACUCGAGCAUGUCGAGCAGCCCGGAGCCCAGUAUGCCAGUGAUCCAGAGCACUUACAGCCUCAAAUCCGGGGAGAGCCAAGCAAAGGACGAGCUGAGGAUCAACGACAUGAACGGAGGGAUGUACGAUGAGUACGAGGACGAGGAGGAGGAUGACCCAGACGCAGACUACGGCAGUGACGACGAAAACCAGGUGGCGGUGCAAGCUGACUGAUAGGAGGUCAGGAGCUUUCACCGACGAGUCUGAAUCCAUCGGUCUGGUGCAUCCUACCAGGGGCCAAACACAUUUUGACUAUCCAAUACACUGACUGUUACUUAAAACUAUUUAGUCUUAAUAAACAGGAUAUAGUCAGAACAUUACUGGCUAUUAGACCUGGGCCUAUGGUACGGGCGUGGGAAAAAAAAUGAUAAGCUAUGGGUAAAACAAUGCCAGUAAAAUCAGCUGCUAACCCCGGGCACUGACGUCUUACCCUCCUGAGGUUUGUCUAGACUGUCAUUCUUAUAAGAUUCUAUAAAUUCUCACUCAGGUACAAAGUGCCAACAAGUGGCUUGUGAAUGUGUUUUGUUGUUAUUUUUGUGCCACAAUAAAAGGUGUUUUUUUUUGUUCACAUUUUUGGAUGGAUCAAGGUAAAAAGAAACAAGUUUUUCUGUUCGCUCUCGAGUUACCUUUGUUUCAAAGGAGUCUAUUUUCUUGAAUAUAUCAGCACACUGUUGCACCCUCAUAGAGUACUUUCGAUUUUUUUUGUUGUUUGUUGCACAUCAUUUUAAAAUGCAACUUUUAGCAAGUGCCAAAAUGUGUAAUUGUUGGAAUUAGUUCAUGCGCUUUCCUACAGUCUUAAGCUAGGGAUAUUGUUGGGUCUUAGACAAUCCCAGACACCUUUCCAUACCAGCAGCUGUAGGAGAUAGUAGGUGCAGUUCUCAGGUGAAAGGGGGAAUAACUGAAGACGUGUGAAACUUUUUAUUACGUAAAUUGUGCGCGCGUGUGCGUCUGCAAGUGUGAGUGGGUGUGCGUGGGUGUUAUGGUACUUUAUAAGGUGUCGGAGACAGUGAUAGCAAAGCAGCGUGGGAGAAUGAAAUUCCAGGUCCUCAGCGUCCACUCCGACACCUUCCGCAGCGAAGCCGCCAUUUCUCUUCCCUCCCUUCCUCCCGUCCCCUGCCGUCGUUCCGCUGAGGCAGAUGCUUCCAUCAAGUCUCUUUGCUAUGUUCGAAGCACUUAGAAAAAGAAAAGGGGGCGUUGGGGAAACCGAGCAGGCAUCCAAACUCAGAAGCGAGGCUUGUUUCUGUCAUAGAGUUUGCCGUUAGCCAGGAACGUGCCAUUCUGGCGAUGGCGCAGUUUGUGGAAACAGACACCAUACCUCCAAUGGAUUUUGGGCGUUAGAAACUUUCUUCCCCCUCACCCUAAAUAAUACAAUUUUGGAUAAAUGGAAAUAAAAUGCUUUGUUGUUAAAGGUGGACUAGCUGAUCAUAUACUGCAUGUCAGUGUUUAAUUUGUAUUUUUUGACUGUAUUUUUCAAUUUUAACUGCCUCUUAAUAGUGUACAAUGAUGAUCAGCUAUCCCCCAGUUAGUAAGUUAUGUAUAAUUUAUUUCUUCAGUUCUAUCUAAUUGAUUGGCAAUGCAGCAUUCUGUAGCUGUAGAUAUUUAAGGCUGGUAAUUUAGAUAUAAAGUUUUUUUCUUUUUUUUGUUCUUUAAGUCCUAGUGAUGUCAUGUUAUGAUGUUUAAUCGACAGGCGUGAAAAUAAUUGGACUGUUUCUUGGGACAGAAAUGAGACUGUUCACAUAAUCUCAUUUCGUAUUUAAUUGUCAUGGUCACUUAGAGCUGAUUCGCUAAAGCACUCUGUAAUGGAAAAGAAAAAAAAAAUUGCCAAUUUUAAGAAAAGAAAUACAGGUGUUUUAUAUCACUUUAUGUAAAAUGUGAAACCAGUUUUUGUUUUUUUUUCUCUCAACUGUGUGAACAAACUUCUGACACUUGUGUGAGGCUUUAGUCUCACAUUGGCUGGGCCUUUUCCACCAUUUCUUUUUUGGCGCUCUGUUUAUUUAUAUGACUCUAGACUACAAGAGUACUUUGUUUUAGCUCCAGUAAGGUUUCACCAUGAUUUUGUGGCUGUGAGCCGUUUGUGAUCUAUAUGCCAACAAUGGAAACUGUGUCGGAGUUUUCGUUUGUUUUUCGCUAUUUUUGAUUUUAUCCUUUUCCUGUAUUUUCUUUUUCGUUCCUGUUCAGAUCUCUCAUUUUGCAUUCUGUAAUUCCCAAUCUCAGACUACUCAGUUCUACUGAUGCUGUACUGUUUUUUAAAAAGAAAUGUAUUUAUUGGCCAUCACUGGCUCUAAAAAUUAUUAGACACAGAUUGUGUUCAGGAAGACAAUCAAAUUGAGUGGAGCUUAAAACAAAGUAAACUGAAUCUACCAUCUCACUUGAAAUUUAAAGAAAGAUAUGUAAAUAUAACAUAGAAUUAUAGAUUUAUAUUUUGUUCAUAACACAUAGUGUAAUAUAAGUUGUAUAUUUUCAUGUUUUUUUGUUUAUGUUAUCAUUCAUGCCACAAUAAAAGCAGAGUACUUGUACUCUGAAAAAACA